AUGUUGAUUAAGCUAGUCAUUAGAAGAUGUACUUUGAGUGUUAUUAGUGCUUAUGCACCUCAAGUGAGCUGGGGUGAGGAGGCCAAAAAGCUCUUUUAUGAGGAUUUGGAUGAGGUAGUUAGAGGUAUACCGAACACUCAGAAAAUUGUCAUUGGUAGAGAUUUUAAUGGCCAUAUCUGGGCAACUUCUGAUGGCUUUGAUGUUGUUCAUGGAGGCUUUGGUUUUGGGAAGAGAAAUGGGGGUGGAACUUCGCUUCUAAAUUUUGCUAAGGCUUUUGAGUUGUUGAUUGCUAACUCAUGCUUUCCGAAGAAGGAGAACCACAUGGUUACCUUUCGUAGCUCAGUAGCUAAGACUCAGAUAGAUUACUUACUCCUUAGAAAGGGUGAUAGAGGCCUCUUUAAGGACUGCAAUGUUAUCCUAGUGAAAAUCUUACUACCCAACAUAAGCUUUUGGUGA